AGUUUGACGUUUCGUCGGCAGAAUAAUGGCGAAACAUUGAAAGCUCCAGGAUUUUCCUAGUGCCAAAGGGAAAUGAAACAGUGCUGUGAAUCGUUUUGAACCUUUUCCAACAAAUCGAAAUGAAUUUUCACCCGGCAGCUCCGGCCUUCAACAACGGGUCCCAACCGGGGGCCGCUUCGAUGGCCACAAAUAAUUUGCCCCAGAACGCAAAUCAAACCAGCCACCAGAAUGCUCCUCCACUGUCGGACGGUGAAAAAUUGACCGCACGGAAAGCUCGCAAAGAGGCGGAACGGCAGAAGAAACAGGCGAAAAAGUAUGAGGAGCAGCUGAAAAAGAUACGCGGUCCCAAAAGCCAAAAGUUGCAGAUUAUUGACGAGAGUUUUCUCGAAAAGUACCAGCACGUGCAAUCGCUGCCACCGGGGCCGACACUGAAGACAAAGAAGCGCUCGAAAAAAGCACCCACCGACAUCGUGCAGAUUAAUCUAUCGGAAUGUAUUCGGGAGCAGCUGGCCGGUGCCGGGGACCGCACGGAGACGAAGUCGAUCAUGCCGAUCGUACCGAUCGUGCCCCAGCAACCCCUGCUGCUGCACAAGGGAAAGCAACGGGAAGUGCCAAAGGAGAAGAAAUUAACCCGACUGAAGAAGGACAUUAUUAAGAGCCGCACAGAAAAGACUGCUGCAUCUGAACAGAACGAACGUGGCGCUGAACGAAAGGUUACAAGCGAGGGGACUAAAUCCGCCCCGGUACAUGUGGAUUCGGUUACCGAACCGAAGAAAGAUACAGGUCCCGUUAAAACGCACUCGUUUGACGCGGCCGCUCAGCAGAAUAUGGUCGAUUCACCAUUUCUUAAGGCAAUCGAACGUUGCUGCAUUAACGAUGGUCCGCCACCAAGUCGGGAUUCGAUUGAGUAUCAGAAUGGGUUCCCAGCGCUCAAAACUCCUGCCUCAGUCGCACAAAAAACGACAUCACUACGGCAUUCGAGAAACUUCAGACCGUACUGCGAUCAUUUUAUCACCGAUAGUCUGCGCGAGCUAACGGAGGAGAUGAUUGUAAAGGUCUUUCAAUUUCAGUCGAAAGCAUAUGCCAAAAAUCCCAUUAAGGCUGUCAGUAAUAAGCGCUUCGUGGUGGGUUUCAACGAGGUGCUGAAAUAUCUGGAACUGCGCAAGGUGCGGCUAGUGUUGAUCGCACCCGAUCUCGAGCCGAACGACACGAUCGAUCAGAUGGUCAACAACGUGAAAACGCUGUGCCGCCAGAGCCAGGUGCCGUACCUGUUCGCCCUGAAGCGCAGAAAGAUUGGAUUCCACCUGCUCAAGAAAGCCCCGAUCAGUUGCGUUGGGAUGCUAAGCUAUGCCGGGUGCGAGGACACGGUCAAGCAGAUUCUGGACGUCGUUGAGCAGGAGCGCAUAAAUUAUCGUAAUUUCAUUGCCACUUCCGGUAGCAUUUGAGGGCAGCGCCGUAGGUGCGCGAAGCGUUGGCGAACGUUCGUAGCCGGGGUUGCGUUUGAGGUUGCAUUUAGCAUACCCUUAAGGGAUAAACGUAUUCUAGUCAUUCCAUGGCAGUACAUAUAGUGUAUGUGGUUAUAUAGUGAAACAAACCCUUGCUCGUACCCCAGUCCGUAGGCGGACUCUUUAUCUCUUAAUUAUAAUCAUGUCUAGCAGGCCCUAUAAAUGUGAGACUCGCCAAUCCGGAUCCAAGUGGUUGGAAAUGAACCUAGUCAUUUGUGUGCGGAAGUGUACAAAAUUUCUAUUAUUACCUACCAAAAUAAACGUAUUAUUAAAUAUCGAAAAACAGCCCGUCAUUCUUCUGCUUCGCCCGUAUGUAAAAUUCUUUGCUGAUAUAAUUUUUAUAAUUUACCUUGGCGUACUUGUGAAAAUAAUUUACACUAGAA